GCCGUCUGCUCCAGUCAGAGAGAGAGAGCAAGCCAGGUCACAUUUGAUAAAGAGCUGUUUUCAGGGCGACUUGUGGCCCCCAAAGGCACAGGGACGGUCUCCCUGGCUCUGAACUGAAGCUGUUCUUCCCAACAUGGAGAAGAGGGCGAUGAGGAUGUUGGCGAUGUUUGUCCUGGGAACGAGCUUCUGGUCCUGUGCAGGUUUUCCCGUGUAUGACUACGACCCAUCUUCCCUGAGGGAGGCUGUCGGCGCCUCCGUGGCCAAAGUGAAUUCCCAGUCGCUGAGCCCCUAUCUGUUUCGGGCCUUCAGGAGCUCACUAAAAAGGGUCAAUGUGCUGGGUGAGGACAGCUUGAGCAUGGACAUCGAGUUUGGCAUUCGAGAGACGACAUGCAAGAGGGAUUCUGGAGGAGACCCCACCACCUGUGACUUCCAAAGGGGCUACUUCACGCCAUCGGCCAUCUGCAGAAGCACCGUGCAGAUAUCUGCUGAGAAGGUGCAGGAUGUGUGGGUGCGUUGUCGCUGGUCCUCCAGCUCCGAGUCUAACAGCAGUGAAGAGAUGAUUUUUGGGGAUAUCUUGGGAUCCUCUACCUCAAGAAACAAUUAUUUCCGUGGUCUCAUUCCUGACGUAUCCAGAACCGAGCCAUUUUAUGAACGGUCACUUGAGACCAUGAGAAGAUUCCCUCCUCCUGGAAAUAGAAGUUUCCCGAACCAGUGGCCCAGAGCAAGAACGAACACUGGCUUUGAGUAACAGCCUUGAGCAUAAUGCCCUGGAAGGAAUGGACGAUCCGAGGAAGAAGGGUGCUCUAUGAAUUGUGUGAUUUUUCUUUGGAUCGGUUCUGGUCCAUAAUAAACGGCUUACUUU